UUCCAUCUGACAAAGAUCAGUUUUAUACAACGCAGACAGAAAAAGUGGCGUGUCACUGCACCUGAAAUGCCUCCAAAAUCUGCUUACGCCGCGGGCCCGCCGUGCCGGACCUCUCGGGAAAUCGCCCGUAGUUCUAUGCCCAAUUCACGUAACUCCAACUCCGUUAAUUCUGCCGCCCCCGCCCCCACUACCACCGUGACCAGGGCCUUUGUCAUUCCACCGCCAUCCACUGUCACUCACGCUUCUCCGGAACCCUCUCAGAAAUAUCUACGCGUAAAUUCUAUGGAUACCGGAAACACCGCUGCAACAUCCUGUCAUGCAACGAGCCAUUUUUCUCAGACUCAAUCCCGAUGUUCGCAAAAAGCCCUAGUUAGAAAUUCGUGCACGGUGAAGUCUGAUAUAGGUAGAAUCACUACUGAUGACAAUGUGGAAACAGAAACAUCUCUUCAUACCAAAAACACGAUGCUCGAACGUUUCGGGCCUGAAAAAACCGUUCAUGUAGAAGGUGAAACAGUUGUGAGGAGCGGAGAUGUGGCAAGAAAUGAGUCGAUUUUAUCUUCUGAACAGGUAGAAAGGCCCAAUGAGAAUGAUGACAGUUCGAUGCAGCCUGUAACUAGGCCUGAGACUGAGGGUGUUGCGAGUGGAGUGGCAGUGCCAGCAACGCGGAAGCGGAAGAUAGUGAAAAAGAUAGUGAGGGUGGUGAAGAAGGUGAUAAAGAAGAGAGUGCCCAAGAGGGUUCCGAUUAGUAGUUCGGAAAAUCAAGGAUUGAUGGAGGAAGCCCCGAAUGUGGUGAAAUUGAAUCAGGUAACAGAAAGUUCGAAUCUUGUGCAUAAUGUUAUUGAAAAAUCUAAUCUUGUGGAUGUAGUAACAGAGAGAAGCUGUCUUGUUAAUGAGGUAAUGAGGCAAUCAAACAUCACAAAUGCUAAUCUUGUGGAUAGGGUAACAAAGAAAACUAUUACUGCUAACGAAGUAAUGGAAAAAUCAAACAUUGAUGAUAGAGUAAUGGAAACAUCGAAAGUUGAUCAAGCUGCAAGUCUUUUAGAACCAAUUGCUUGCAUGAAAGGCAAUGAUGUAAGGGAUAUUGAUUCUGUGGAUGCGGAAGCUUCAAAGCUAAACAGAGGCGCACAUGUCCCAGCAGCAAUGAUCGACGAGAAAGGUGAUCUACGAUGCAUCAUGAAGAUGGAAACAUCAAAAGUUAAUAUUGUCACACGUGUGCCACAACAAAUGGUUUCUGAGAAAGGUAAGUGUCUGAGCGCCGAUUAUUGUGUGGAGAAUGAUGAGGUGAAGAGUUACGAUGCUAUGACUGGAGUAGACGUAAAUGACCUAAAUGUGUGUAAUCGUAACUCUAUGGAAGUUGAGAAUGUUAGUUAUGCACCCAAAAUUAAUACAGAAACAGAAAGAAGUAAGCAUAUCUCGGAUUAUGUGAUGGAGAGUGCAUCAAAUGAUUCUACUGUGGUAAAUCAGAAUAUGGAUAUAGUCAAUAAAGAGGAUGUGGGGCCAGUCGCAAGCCAAAAUGUGGGACCGGUGAGAAAUAAAAGCAUUGUUUGUGUUGGGGAGAAAAAUGGAAGUACAAUUGAAAAACAAAGAAGCAGAAAUAUGGAAGUGGCAAAUGAUGCUGUUGCACUGAAUGAAGCGCUAUUACUAAGUGGGGAAAUGGAGGCAUUGGAGCGGAAGAAGAGGCGAAGAACAGAGAUCUUUGUCAGUGAAUUGGGUGAGGAUACAAACGAGAAUGAUAUUAGGAAAGUAUUUGAAGAGGCUGGAACAGUCACUGAAGUGAGGUUGAUGAUGAAUAGUAAGACAGGGAAGAAUAAAGGUUUUGCAUUUGUGCGGUUUGCUACAGCUGCAGAUGCUAACAAAGCAUUGGCGAAAUACUCCAAAGUUAAGAUAUGUGGGAAGCAGUGUGGUGCAGCACCAGUUCAGGGCAACGAUGCAAUAUUUAUUGGCAACAUAGACAGAAUAUGGAAGACUGAAGAUGUUCGGAGCUUGUUAGAGAAAGCUGGUUUUGAGAAAAUAGAUAUGGUUAUUCUCAAGGCUGAUCCUAAUAACAUUGAGAAAAAUCGUGGUUUUGCCUUUGUUGAGUUUGAAACAAGUAAAGAUGCUCAAAUUGCUUUUAAUAAACUCCAAAAGAAAAAUCUUUUUGGGAAGAACCUGAAGAUAAAGGUUGCAUGGGCGCAACCCUUGAUGGAGCCCGCUGAAGAAGAAUUACUAAAGGUGAAAUCAGUUUAUGCUGAAUAUCUACCCUCCUCAUGGGAUGAAGAGAAAGUAAAAGAAUACUUCAGAAGAUUUGGUGAAAUUGAAAGUGUUGUUCUUGCCAAAGAUCUCCCUUCAUCCAGGAGAAAAGAUUUUGCAUUUAUUAACUAUACAUCCCGAGAUGCUGCUCUCCUGUGCAUUGAGGCUAUUGGUAGAGAGAGACUGGAGCAUGAUGGCUCCAAGGUUGAAAUGACUGCCUCUCUUGCAAAACCAGUUUCAAAGAGCAAGCAAAUGGAACAUGUCUCAAGUCUCACUAGCAAGCGACUCCCAAAGAAGAAUCUAAAAUCAUUACAAUCCACCGCAAAACCGUAUGAACCUAGAAACAAGGGAAAGCUUGCCAUUAGGAGUUAUGGUCAAGCAAAAGUUGACAACAGCUCUUGUACUACUAAUGAACUUCUACAAAUCUUAAGGCAACAAGCAGCAAGCAGUCAUAUCCUUCCUCCUCGCAACAUAGACACCACUCCUCCACACCAUCAUCUUCCCCUACCUGCGAGCAAGCGACCAUUUUCACUUCUGGAACAUGAUCCACUCUAUUUGGAACCCAGAGGGUUACCUCGACAAUGCACUGGAAGUUCUUAUCCAAUUUCAGGCCCGAGUGCCUUGUCCCAUGGUUUCAGUAUGGCAUCUCGUCCCUACCAUCAUGAACAAGCGCUUGGCUUCACAUCAGAAUCAUUCGGUUGGAGAAACAUGUAUCCCAGCCAUUUCCAGAUACAGGAACAAGAAGCUCCUUACUAUGGAAACAAUAGCAUGUAUCGUAGACAUUGAUGAAAUGAUUGAUCAGAUAGAGGGUGCCGAUUCGGUCAUUGCUCAGUCUGACCUUGAAAACAAAGCUUACAUUAUAUAUAAUGUUGUAAAUUUUCAGAGAAAGUGUCUGUAAAUUGUAGUGUAACUACAGUUCCAUUAUAGUUCAACCAUGUAAUAUGUUGCUUCUGUCUCAGUGUUUGUUGUCUGAAAUGCUAUAAAGCGGAUCGUAACUCUCAACCCAUAUUUACUUUGUGUUCA